AUGCAACCAUUGGUACACGAAGAAGAGAAUAAUACAUUUGUAUUGUACGAAGACGAUAACACUUCACAAAAUGACACUCAUCUAUCAGAUGGUGCUCGGUACAGUAACUCGACGAUGUCAAUAUUUCUUUUAUGGCUGGCAUCAAAUAUUAUGGGAUGGAUUUUUGACUUUUUACAACUUCCAACAUUACUUGGAGGAUUAGUGACCGGUAUAGUGUGUAAAAAUCUUCACGCAAUUGAUCAGCACUUAUACAUCGAAGAAACUUGGAGUCAGUUCUUUCGUAAAGCAGCACUGACGGUUAUCCUAAUCCGUGCCGGGAUUGGCCUUGAUCCUGUAGCAUUACAUAAAACUAAGGCUGCCGUAUUUCGAUUGGGUAUUAUUGCAACGUUAUUAGAAGCCGCAUCUAUUGUUUUGAUUGCACACUUUGUGAUUGGUCUCAGUUUUAGUAUGUGCAUUCUGUUUGGUAUCAUAUUGGCAGCCACAUCACCGGCAGUAACAAUUCCAACGAUGCUUGACUUAAUUAAAAAUGGUUAUGGUGCAUCGUCUGGUGUUCCAUCAGCUUUACUGGCUUCAUGCGCAAUUGACAAUAUGACCUGCAUUCUUGGCUUCAACAUUGUUGUCACACUAAUCUUUCCAAGAGUGAAUUUACGUUAUGAAUUUACAAUGAUGUUUACAACUAUAAUCUUAAGUGCAAUUGGUGGACUUAUUGGUGGUCGUAUACUUUGGGUGUUUCCAUACGAAGGUUCCAAGUUUGUACAUUCAAUACGUUGGGUACUGUCGCUUAGUAUCUGUCUUGCGCUAAACUUCGGAACUUUAGCACUGGAAAUUCCAAGUGCCGGCGUUAUUGCAACUGUACUACUGAAUAUGGUUGCAUCUAUUAAGUGGAAGAAGCACUAUAAAGGAAAGCCAUACAAAGAAGCAGAUACAUUUGCACAUAUGUGGAACUUUUUUGCAAUGCAAAUCAUGUUCAGUUUAAUUGGUUAUGAAUUCGACUUUAAAAAGCUUUAUACAUCAAAAAUUCUCAAAGCUUUCUUGAUACUUGGUACAGGUGCCAUAGUUAGAGCUGUAUCUGUAUUUUUGCUAUCAUACGGUUGUAAACUACGUACCAGCGAACAGUUGUUUAUGGCACUAGCUUUCUUCUCUAAAGCUACGCUCCAAGCUGCACUAUCACCACAAGUCAUGGAUCGAAGUAAAAAUAACUCACAACAGCAUGACGAAGCUCAUUUACUUUUGUCCACCUGUGUCAUUGGAAUUAUUAUCAUGGCACCCAUUGGUAAGUUAUGCUCAAUCAAGUGA